UCGAGUCCAGGCAGGUCAAAUAGCAGUUGGUGCCUUGUUUUCUAGCCACGCAACUUACCAGUAGCUCCAGUCAUGCAGGGAGACCGGGUGCUGCUAUUGUUGUUGCUGGGCCUCAAGAUACAUCUGUCCUUUGGUAUCAUCCCAGCGGAGGAGGAGGACCCAGCCUUCUGGAACAAAAAGGCAGCAGAGGCCCUGGAUGUUGCCAAGAAGCUGCAGCCCAUUCAGACGUCAGCCAAGAACCUCAUCCUCUUCCUGGGGGAUGGGAUGGGGGUGCCCACAGUGUCAGCCACCAGGAUCCUAAAGGGACAGUUGGAAGGCCAUCUGGGACCUGAGACACCCCUAGCCAUGGACCGUUUCCCAUACAUGGCUCUGUCCAAGACAUACAACGUGGACAGACAGGUUUCAGACAGUGCGGGUACAGCUACCGCCUAUCUGUGCGGGGUCAAGGCCAACUACAUGACCAUUGGAGUGAGUGCAGCUGCCCGAGUUGACCAGUGCAACACCACAUUCGGCAAUGAGGUCAUCUCAGUGAUGUACCGUGCAAAGAAAGCAGGAAAGUCUGUGGGAGUGGUGACCACCACCAGGGUGCAGCACGCCUCUCCAGCCGGCACCUAUGCACACACGGUGAACCGUAAUUGGUACUCGGAUGGAGAAAUGCCUCCUUCUGCAGUUCAGGAGGGCUGCAAGGACAUCGCCACACAACUCAUUUCCAACAUAGAUAUUGAUGUGAUUCUCGGUGGAGGUCGCAAGUACAUGUUUCCCAAGGGGACGCCAGACCCUGAAUACCCAAAUGACACUAGCCAAUCUGGAACAAGGCUGGAUGGAGAGAACCUGGUGGAGAAGUGGCUGAAAAAUCACCAGGGGGCCCGGUAUGUUUGGAACCACACGGAGCUCAUUCAGGCAUCCCAGGACUCAGCAGUGACUCACCUCAUGGGCCUCUUUGAGCCAACAGAUAUGAAAUAUGAUAUCAACCGAAACCCCUUACUGGACCCAUCUCUCAAGGAAAUGACAGAGGUGGCCGUGAGCAUGCUGAGCAGGAACCCACAAGGCUUCUAUCUCUUUGUGGAAGGGGGUCGUAUUGACCAAGGCCACCAUGAGGGCACAGCUUACCUGGCAUUGACUGAGGCUGUUAUGUUUGACUCUGCCAUUGAGAGUGCCAGCCAGCUCACCAGUGAGCAGGACACGAUGAUCCUCGUUACCGCUGACCACUCCCACGUCUUCUCCUUUGGUGGCUACACACUUCGGGGGACCAACAUUUUCGAUCUGGCCCCACAAAAUGCCCAGGAUGGCAAAUCCUACACCUCCAUUCUCUAUGGCAACGGCCCCGGCUACGCGCUUAGUUCAGGCGAACGGCCCACUGUCACCAGUGAAGAGAGUAGUGACCCCUCAUACCGGCAGCAGACGGCUGUACCCCUGUCGUCAGAGACCCACGGCGGGGAGGAUGUGGCGAUAUUCGCGCGUGGCCCACAGGCACACCUGGUGCACGGAGUGCAGGAGCAGAAUUACAUUGCGCACGUCAUGGCCUUUGCAGGCUGCCUGGAGCCCUACACCGACUGCGGCCUGGAGGCCCCCGCUGGCCAGAGCAGCACCAUCGCCCCGACCAAAGUCACAAACAGCGCAGCAGGCAAGGCCACUGCACUGUUGUCCCUGCAGCUGCUGCUUAGUGCGCUGUUGCUGCUAGUAGGGACACGCAUAGCGGCACCAUGAUGGGCCAGUGCCCCGCUAGGCUCCUCCCCAGUGUUAAACCGCUGGUCCCUUUCACCCCCACUCAGGGUUUCCUUUGCUCUAUCAGUCCUGAGUUCUAGUCCACAACUCUAGUGGCCACCUCUGAGAAAACACUCUAGGCUUUAGAACUUGCCCCGGGGCUUUUGCUUCUCAACUGACUGUCUCUGGAGUGGGAGGUGCCGAAUGGUACCCAAGAGGCUGAGGCCCAGGGUUGCCCUAGACUCCCCUUCACACCUUCACCCUUCACAGGACCCAAGGAACUUAGCUUUUCAGGUCUUGGCUUACUCCCAAGAAAUCCAAGCAGAGGUCCAGGAGGCCGUGGGGUCUCAGCAAGCAGCCCAAAGCAGUCUUGGCUUCCCCCCUGCCCAUCUCCAGCUACACAUAGAUACUGAACACGGGCUAUUUCCUACCUUUGGGGCCUCCACUCUUUGAAGAGACAUAAUGACAAUAAAAUGAACUGUU